UCAGGUUUCGUUUAGACCUCGUUUCCGCCACUUCUAAACAAACGUCGCCACAAAAACUAAACUCACCACAAUCAAAUGACGGUCGCCGGUAUUACUUUUUCGUCUGACGAGAUCGUCAUAAAAUCACCUAACGAUAGACGGUUAUAUAGAUACAUACAGCUCCAUAACGGCUUAUGCGCAUUACUCGUUCACGAUCCCGAUAUUUACGCCGACGGACCUCCUAACGGAAAUCGCCACGAAGAUGAAGAAGAAUCCGAUGACGACGACGAUGAUGACAUGGACGACGACGACGAUGACGUGGACGACGACGAUGAGGAAGAUGAUGAUAAUGAUGACGUGGCAGGAAAAGCUGCUCAGACUAAAAAGGCUGCAGCAGCAAUGUGCGUAGGGAUGGGCAGCUUCUGUGAUCCUUUGGAUGCACAGGGUCUUGCUCAUUUUCUUGAACACAUGCUCUUCAUGGGGAGUGCUGAAUUUCCAGAUGAAAAUGAGUAUGACAGUUACUUGUCCAAGCACGGAGGCUCAUCGAAUGCAUACACAGAAGUGGAGCAUACUUGCUACCAUUUUGAAGUGAAACCAGAAUUUCUCGAGGGUGCUUUGAGAAGAUUUUCACAGUUCUUUAUUUCACCCUUAGUGAAGGCUGAAGCAAUGGAUCGGGAAGUACAGGCUGUAGAUUCAGAAUUUAAUCAGGCUUUGCAAAGUGAUGCUUGUCGACUACAACAAUUACAAUGCCAUACAGCCACACCGGGUCAUGCCUUCAACCAAUUCUUUUGGGGGAACAAGAAAAGCCUUGUUGAUGCCAUGGAGAAAGGAAUCAACUUAAGGGAUCAAAUUUUCAAAUUAUACAAUGACUUCUACCAUGGUGGAUUGAUGAAGUUAGUCGUCAUUGGAGGAGAAAGUCUUGAUGUGCUUGAAAGCUGGGUUUUGGAGCUAUUUAGUAAAGUCAAAACCAACAAUGCAUCAAAGUCAGAAGUCAAACCAGGACUCUCCGUUUGGAGUGCAGGAAAAAUUUAUCGCUUAGAGGCCGUUAAAGAUGUCCAUAUUCUUGAUCUAUCAUGGACAUUGCCAUGUCUUCAGAAGGAUUAUUUAAAGAAAGCAGAAGACUACUUGGCACAUCUCAUAGGACAUGAGGGCAGAGGAAGCUUGCUCUUCUUCUUAAAGGAUAAAGGGUGGGCAACUUCUAUAUCUGCUGGUGUUGGGGAUGAUGGAAUGCAACGAUCUUCAGUAGCAUAUGUUUUCGGCAUGUCUAUAAACCUCACUGAUUCUGGACUGGAGAAGAUCUAUGAUGUCAUUGGUUUUGUUUAUCAAUAUCUUAAGUUGCUGCGAGAAGUUCCUCCUCAAGAAUGGAUAUAUAGAGAACUUCAGGACAUUGCAAAUAUGGAUUUUACAUUUGCUGAGGAGCAACCCCAGGAUGAGUAUGCUGCUGAGCUUUCAGCAAAUCUGCUUAUUUAUCCACCGGAGCACACUAUAUAUGGAGAUUAUGCAUACAAAGUGUGGGACGAAGAAAAGAUCAAACAUGUAUUGACUUUCUUCACACCAGAAAACAUGAGAACUGAUAUAGUAUCAAAGUCGUUCAAUAAGUCGCAAGAUGUCCAAUGUGAACCGUGGUUUGGAUCACAUUAUAUAGAAGAAAGUAUCUCUCCGUCUCUUUUGGAACUAUGGAGGGAUCCUCCUAAAAUAGAUUCGUCGUUGCAUCUACCUGCAAAGAAUGAAUUUAUUCCGCAAGAUUUUUCCAUUCGUGCAAAAAGCAUGUCUUCUGAUUCUACUGCUGCAUCCUCUCCAAAAUGCAUACUUGAUGAGCCGUUGAUGAAGUUUUGGUACAAACUCGAUACGACCUUUCAAUCUCCACGCGCUAAUACUUAUUUUCGUGUUACACUGAAUGGUGCUUAUCGUGACUUAAAGAAUGCCGUGUUGACUGAGCUUUUUCUUAAACUUCUAAAGGACAACUUAAAUGACAUCAUAUACCAGGCUAGUGUGGCUAAGUUGGAAACUUCUAUAUCACUUGUUAGUGACAAGUUAGAGUUAAAGGUGUACGGGUUCAAUGACAAGCUUCCAGUGCUCCUUUCCAAAGUUUUGGAAACUGCCAAAUCGUUUUUGCCAACGGAGGAUCGGUUUGUGGUGAUCAAAGAGGAUAUGGAGAGAAAUUUAAGAAAUGCCAACCUGAAACCACUACUUUAUUCAUCGUAUUUGAGACUGCAAGUUCUUUGUCAGGGUUUCUGGGAUGUUGAUGAGAAGCUUCUAUUGCUAAAUAACAUCUCCCUAGCUGAUUUAAGGAAUUUUAUUCCAGAACUAUUUUCCCAGUUGUAUAUAGAGGGAAUUUGUCAUGGAAAUAUACUUGAAGAAGAAGCUAAAGAAGUAUCAAAAAUAUUUAAGAAAUAUUUCUCUGUACAACCACUUCCAUCGGAAUUGAGACAUAAGGAGAGUAUUUUAUGUCUACCCUGUAGUGCAGACCUAGUUAGAGAUGUUACAGUAAAAAAUAAGCUUGACACGAACUCUGUAGUUGAGCUUUACUAUCAGAUUGAACCAGAAGUUGGUUCAAAUUUGGCUAAAUCAAAAGCGCUGGUUGAUCUUUUAGAUGAAAUUGUAGAAGAACCACUUUUUAAUCAACUUAGGACAAAGGAGCAGCUUGGUUAUGUUGUUAACUGUAGCCCCAGGGUAACAUACCGGAUUUUAGGAUUCUGUUUUCAGGUUCAAUCUUCUGAAUACAGUCCUGUAUAUCUGCAAGGGAGAAUUGACAAUUUUAUUAAUGAUAUGGAAGGUUUAUUGAGUGAACUCGAUGAUGAGUCUUUCCAGAGUUAUAAAAGCGGGUUGAUUGCUAAGCUCUUAGAGAAGGAUCCUUCUCUUAGUUAUGAAACAAAUAGAUACUGGGGUCAAAUUAUAGACCAGAGGUAUAUGUUUGACUUAUCUGCAAAAGAAGCAGAAGCAGUCAAGUGCCUCCAAAAGAUCGAUAUAUCAAACUGGUACAACACUUACCUGAGAAAAUCAUCCCCAAAGUGUCGAAGGCUUGCAGUUCGUGUGUGGGGCUGCAACACCAACAUAAGUGAAUCUAACAUAGGAUCCACUGCUGCUCAUGUAAUCAAUGACCCGAUUGCUUUCAAACGGUUAUCCACAUUCUACCCUGCAUUUUGUUAAAACAUUUGCUACUCGGUUCAUUUCGGCAUAUUCAAGCAAAACCCCUUUGAGGACAUUGGUUUUGAUGAGGAAAUGUAAGCACAGGAUUUUUAGAUGAAUACAGAUUUCAAAUUCAAGUGAUACUUGAAAAGAUGAUUAGUUUAUCUAUUUUUUAGGACUAACAAUUUUUUAAGAUAAAAAAAAUAUCAAAAGUUUCAUAUGGUGAUGGUGGCGGCUUCACCGACUAUUGGCUUUGGACGGUGGUCAUUGAUGGUGUAAAAUUAGACGUUAAAAAGAAUUAGUAUAUUUAUUCUUAUUUUAAUUUAUAAUGAUUUUGUUUCCUUUUAA